ACCGCGAGACUGACUGCGGCGCCCUAUUUCCUUUUCUCGCUGUAAGUGCGAGGUCUACAGCAGAAAUCGAGUCAUCAACGAUCACAGACUUUAGUCACAAGGAGGGUUUACGUUUUAUUUGUAGGCGAGCAACACACCAGCUGUUCACAAGGUAGGCCAGGGUGUAGUUUCUGAAGCGCCCCGGCGUGAUUGAGGCGUUUUUUUUUUUUGACGUAAACAGUGUAAAAGAGGAGUUGUAGGAGUGUUUGACGGUUAUGGCAGCAUCGCGUCCCGUUAAAGGGAUCCUGAAGAACAAAUCCAGCAUCAAAGCCCGAGCAGAAGAGCCAGUCCAGGACACCCCAGAACCAGGAGCCCCGUUCAACUCUGAAGACGACCAAGAGAAGAAAUCACAGAAAUGGGAUGAAAUGAACAUUUUGGCCACAUAUCACCCGGCAGAUAAGGACUAUGGGCUGAUGAAGAUAGACGAGCCCGACACGCCGUUCAACAGGAUAGUGCGCGAUGACGAGGAUGAGGGGGCGAUCAGCGAUUCUGAGGGGAACACAGUCCUACCCGGAGAUGUCCUUGCUAAGAAGCUGGCGGUAGCGGCAACGGAGGACGUAGGAUCUCGCUUCAUGGAGGAGCCGGACGAGGAGAGCAGUGAGGAAGAGGAGGAGGAGUUGGGUCCGGAGGAUCAAGCCAGAAAGAAGCAGUUUCAGAUGAUGAGGAAGAUGCAUUAUAAUGAAGGUAUGAACAUUAAACUAGCUCGACAGCUCAUCGCCAGCGAGCAGGAGGAGGAGGAGGAAGACGAGGACGAAGAGAUGAAGGAUGACACGGAGACCGAGGACAUCACCGUCGACCCCCCACAAGAUGCAGAUUCCCUGGAGUCAUAAGGAUGUCAGGAUGUGUCCCUCUGCUCAUGCCUUGUCCCAUGAACGUCUGGAAAUCGAUUCAGCUCCAGGAUUCCCCUCCACCCAGUGCCCCCCCCCCCCCCCCCCCCAGGAUUCCCCUCCACCCAGUGCCCCCCCCCGACCCCCUCACCCAGCUCCCUCAUUUGCCAAAGGUUGACCGUCAUACCGCUAGAAAGGAGAGUGUUAUCCUAGCGCUCCAGACCUGGACUCCUCUGACCAGUUCCCCACUGUCUGUUAUUGGUUUGAUGUCCUCUGAACAGCAUGCUCUCUGCUCGGGGGGCACAGAUGUGCUCUUGGGCUUCGACACACACCGCUCACACGAGCUCUGCUGUAUGCAUGGCUUCACAAAACCAUGUUUAAUUAGAUUGGCACUAAUAGUAUAAAACAGGAGAGUAUUACAGAGCUAGCUAGAAAACUACUGAUCAGCAGAGCGGACCCUUUGGUUGUCUCUGCAGAAGCUUUUAAAGGUGCGCAACGGUUUUGACACUUACUGAGCUGUCUUUGUUUUGAUUGAUUGCCUUUUUUUUUUUUUUCUAAACGCUGAGGUUAUUCGUUUCUGUGAUUACUGGAGAACGUAAUUAUCCUGUAGUACCAAAAAUAAUGAUUUUGACACCUUGACCCAGCUUGAAAUCGCAGUUGUUAUCCUGGUGUAUUUAUCAAUUUAUAGUCAUGAGUACUCACACAAUAUAUAUAUAUGUAGGUUGUAUAACAAAAAAAGCUAAAUGGGUGAAUAUUGCAAAACCUGACAAGAACAUGUCUAGGCCAUAUUUUGACUUCAGAACCAAAAGAGAGAAUAUGUGUGAUUUUUUUUUGCUCAUUACUUUUAAUCCCAAAUUAUUGUUACUUGAAUGCAAAACGACUCAUUACUGUAAUGGAAGAAAAUGCUCAGACUCAUUGCUGUAAUAUAUUCAAACUCUAAAUACUACUGUAAUGUUUAUGAGAUCUGACUAAUUACCAUAAUACAAAAUCAUAUUCUGGCCCUGUACCAUAAUGCAAAAAAAAUAUAUAAUAAUGGAGUAAAUAAAUAUAAACUCAUAUAUAAAUAAAAAUAUAUAUACAGGCUUGUUAUAAUAAAAUAAAUACUCAAAAAUAUUCUGAUUUACUGUAAAAAAAAUAAUAUUCUGACUCAUUACCAAGAUGCAAAUAAUAAUAAUUCUGACUAAUUACCAAAAUUCUAAAAAAUAAAAAUAAAAACACCUUGGUUUACUGUAACAUGAAAACCGAUAAUAAAACAAAAAAACAUCCAGAUGCAGUACAUUAACGAAUAAAUAAUAAAAUAUCUGAAAACAUUAGUUCGUAUAAACUUGAUUCGUGUAUAAUUUUAAUGAAGGAACCAAAUAAUAAACACAUUUUUGUGCUUUUGAUUUACUGAAAACACAUUCUAAUAACAACAAUAAAGAAGCUCUUGACAGGUCUUCUGAAAUUCACCCACAUAAAUCGAGACGAUGCAUUUUAGACUGUUUAUUGUCCACAUGAAGACGAGGUCUGUUUCGGAGAUGUUCCUGUCGGUGUGAAUGUGUUUUCACUCGGCCUGCCCUCGACUGAAUGAUAGCAGGAAAUGAUGUAAUCUGUCAAAAACUGUGCUGGACACAUUGAACACAGGAGCACUUCGCAUAUUUCUGAAUUGGUUACCAGUUUUUAAUGAUAAGGAUGAAAGAGGUCUGGUUUGGUCCUGCACUGUCCCAUCAGUCAUGGACAUGCAUUCAUAUUUGAGUAAGUCAACUAUAGUUUAAUCCUGCAUUCAUACAUCACAAGUGCUUUGAUUUUAUCAUUAUGUUGAACUUAAUUUUUUUCCUUCUUCACACGUUCUGAGUAAUUUGACCAUUUCUGUGUCCAAUGUAUUCCUCCCCGAGAUUGUUUGUUUCUUUUCCUAAACAGGAUUGUCAAAUGAAAAUGUACGUAUUUGUCACUGAUUAAAAUGUUGGUAUUAA